AUGAUUGUCGGGGGCCCCAGCGUUCCACCACCACAUAAGCCAACCAGACGGAAACCGCCAUGUUCUCUGCCACUGCCGAAAACCGAGGUUACUAAUAAUGGGGAUGAGAAACUGUCUCCCCCGCACUCACAGGUGCCUAAGAUCAAGGUGAAGAGUUCCCCUCUAAUUGAGAAACUUCAGGCUAACUUGGCCUUCGCUCCUGCAGCUCUUCUUCCAGGACCACCCCCAAAGAGCCCCGGAUUUAAAGCCAUGGCCUCUCCAUGGAGCACACCCCCAUCGACACCCAGCAGCCCCGGUGUCCAGUCACAUUCCAGCCACAUAGAGGUAUCACCGGUCAGUUUUGAACAGCCACCAGAGGGCAGUCAUCUGCAGAGCUACACUAAGAUCCGCACUAGAGGCUCCAUAAAGCGGAGACCUCCCAGUCGUAAGUUUCGGAAAUCCCAAUCUGAUAUGGACUUUGACGUUGAAACGUACAACGCACCUGCGAGAGAGAAUGGAGAUAAAUCAGAGGAGGGCGACGCUGCUCUGAGGGACAAGGAAAGCGCGGACGGAUCGCCGGUGGCGGAGAAUUCACCAUCUGAGCCUGAGCAAAAAACGAAGCAGGAGGAGGCUGAAGAGGAGGAGGGCGAGCGGGGGGAGAAAUCCGACAAACAGGAGGCAAAACCAGACACAAACGAGACAGAGACGCCGGACAUGGAGGAGAAGAGUGAAGAUCCAGGAGAGGAGUGCGACGGGGACGAUAAACCUGAAAAGUGAAGCAAAACGACCACCAGUAAAGCACAGGCCUUGACCGGCGGGCUGGGACGGCUGCCAUGUUUGAGCGCAGUAGAUCCGGUCCUGGAUGACGUCCCUCCUCAGUGCGACCUGGAGGAUCCCUACAGA